CAGCAUCGAGGAGCAACAACGCCUGUACAGGGGGCAACCGAAGAGCUCGAGAAGCAGCAGCAGCAGCAGAACCGGCGCCCACUCGAUCAUCAUCGUACCACGCACAUACACGCACGUGUGCCGAGCCGAGAGCCUGGCGCGAAUCGCUGUGCAAAAUAGAAACGCGGGCAGAUAGGAGCAGCAGUCGGAGUCGGUGCGCGCUCCGGUGAACUGAGGAGCAAGUGAGUGAGAGAGAGCGAGAGAGAAGAGCUGCGCGCGCCGCCGGUGUCGUUUCGCCACCCACUUUGAAAGCCGCAACGCAACAAGGACAAAAGUAUCCGUAGUAAUCCGUGUCGGUGUGUGUAUUUGCUCGGCUGUGCGUGCGCUUGUGUGUGUAGAUUCAAACGUGCGCUGCGCAGGACCCAGCGCAAGGCAGCAGCAGCAGCUAGCCCCUAGCGUGUAGGCAAGAAGAGGAGAGAAAAGGCUUAAGCCAGAGGCGCACGGACACACACAUACUAGGACGAGAGGAAACUGCGAAGCGAUUCAAAAUGAAUGAAUACGGGCAUCAUCACACAGUCGCGCCUGGCGAGGAAACCGACAUGGUCGAGCGCGAGCUCGCCGAGGACGCCGAAUGGAAGCGUAUCCAGCAAAACACCUUUACGCGCUGGGCCAACGAGCACCUCAAGUGCGCCAACAACUUCAUCUACGACCUCGAGACCGACCUAUCGGACGGCCUCAAGCUCAUCCAGCUGAUCGAGGUGCUGGCCCAGAAGCGCCUGCCCAAGCACAACAAGAAGCCGACCUUCCGCUCGCAGAAGCUCGAGAACGUCUCGGUCGCCCUCAAGUUCCUCCAGAAUCAGGGAAUUCGCAUUGUCAACAUUGAUUCAACCGAUAUCGUCGACAGCAAGCUCAAGCUCAUUCUCGGUCUAAUCUGGACGCUCAUCUUGCACUAUGCCAUCUCUAUGCCAAUGUGGGAGUUUGACGACGGCGAGGGCCCCGACAAGGGCACCACCCCCAAGCAGCGCCUGCUCAACUGGAUCAAAGCCAAAGUGCCGGAAAUACCGAUUCACAACUUCACGUCCGACUGGAACGACGGUCGGGCUGUCGGUGCCCUGGUCGACGCCAUCGCCCCUGGUCUCUGCCCCGACUGGAAGAGCUGGGAUCCCAAGGAUGCCGCGCAAAACGCCGCCGAAGCGAUGGGCCUGGCCGACGACUGGCUCAAUAUUCCUCAGCUCAUUAAACCAGAAGAGAUGGUCAAUCCCAACGUCGACGAGAUGUCUAUGAUGACGUAUCUGUCGCAGUACCCCAACGCCAAAUUGAAGUCUGGCGCUCCUCUCCGUCCACGAACCAAUCCCAACAGCGUGCCUCCACCGCGAGUACGUGCCUACGGUCCAGGUAUCGAACCAACUGGUCCCAUCACCGGUGCACCCGCCAAUUUCUACGUAGAAACAUUCUCAGCUGGCAAAGGAAUUGUCGAAGUCACUGUCGAAGACCCUAAGGGUCUUAAAUUACCGGUCGACAUCAGGUUCAAUCAAGAUCGCAAUCUCACGUACUCGGUGUCGUACACGCCGGUGAACGAGGGUCUGCACAAGGUGCGCGUCACCUUCGGCGGCCGGGAAAUACCCAAGAGCCCGUUCCAAGUGAUGGUCGAGGGCAAGGCCGGCGAUGCCAGCAUGGUCACGGCCAGCGGUCCGGGUCUGCAACCCGAAGGCGUCGUCGUCAAUCGACAGACCUACUUCGACAUUUACACGAAGGACGCUGGUCGCGGCAUACCCGAGGUCGUCGUGCUCGAUCCGCAGGGCAAUAAAACGACAGUACCGGUAAAACUACGUCAAACGUCGCCCGAUGUCUAUCGUUGCGAGUACGUCUCGCCAGUCGUCGGUCUGCACUCCGUCAAUAUCUUCUUCGCCGGCAAGCUCAUACCCAACAGUCCAACCGGGGUACGAAUCUCGCCCCUGUCCGACGCUAAGAAAUGCCGAGCUUACGGCCGUGGCUUGGUGUCCAACGGAGUGCGCGUCAAAGACGACGCCGACUUCAUUAUCACGACCAAAGACGCCGGCGAAGGUGUGGCCGAAGUGCGUGUCAUCGCACCCGGUGGAGUCACUGUGCCCGCUAAACUAACCAAGAUCAAUGACGAAACGUACGAGUGCCAUUACUUCCCCGUCAAAGAGGGCCGCCACGUAGUUAUGAUCACGUACGGAGGCAAGGAGAUCCCCAAGUCACCGUUCGAAGUCAAUGUUGGACCUUACAAGGAGACGCGCAUCCGAGUCUUCGGACCUGGAUUACGCGGGGGUGUGGUUAAUCAUCCGGCUCGCUUCACCGUCGACACGAACGGCGAAACCGGUGCUCUUGGUUUCUCCAUCGAGGGACCUUCGAAAGCCAAAAUCGACUGCUUCGACAACGGCGACGGUACGGCCGAUGUGUCCUACUUGCCUACCGCUCCUGGACCAUAUGCCGUGCACAUCUUGUGCGACAACGAAGAUAUACCCAAGUCUCCGUACAUCGCUCACAUCGUGCCACAGUCCGAUUUCCAUCCUGACAAGGUCGAAGUCAGUGGACCGGGUAUCCAACCGACGGGUGUUGUUUGCGACAAACCAACUCAUUUCACCGUAGAUUACAAAAAAGCAGGCAUCGCUCCAUUGGAAGUAGCUAUUAAGGAUGCCUUUGGUCGCGACGUACCGGUCAAACUGGAAGACAAACGCGACGGAACCGUUGUAGCCCAGUACAACCCGACCUCGGGCUCGAAUCACGUUGUUCAAGUCAACUACGGCAACGUGGCCACGAAAAAAUCGCCGUAUCGCGUGAAGGUCGAAGCCCCCUUGAAUCCGGCUCUCGUACAGGUCUAUGGUCCAGGUUUGGAGAACCCCAAGAGCAAUACCCCAACGCACUUCAACGUCAACUGCCGCGAGGCUGGCCCUGGCGAGUUGGUUGCGCAAAUGAAGUCGCCCGACGAUCGUGAAUUGCCCAUCUCGCUCACCGACAACGACGACGGAACCUACACGGUCGACUACGUCGCACCCAAGCCUGGAACCUACACGGCCAAUUUGACCUACGGUGGGCUCAAAGUACCCAAGUGCCCGAUCAAGAUCAACGUCCAGCCGCACGUAGACGUUAACAAGGUCAAGGUUAACGGUCUCGCACCGACCGCGCCCGUGAACAGUCUCCAGCAGUUUAGCGUGCUAACGCGGGAGGCUACCAGCGGCUAUCAACAACAAUCAUCGCCGUUACCGGACAUACAGGUUGUCAUCAGCAGUCCGUCGAGCAAGCCCUGCAAGGCCCAAGUCCUCGCCACGCCCGACGGCUACCUCGUCUCGUACACGCCCGUCGAGCUCGGCGAUUACGUCGUGGAUGUGGUCGUUGGCGGAGUGCCACUGCCGAGCCUGCCCAGACGCGUCACCUGCCUGCCGCAGAGCGAGCCGAAGCUCGUCAAGGCCCACGGGCCCGGCCUCGUCGAGGGCUACACCAACAGGCCGGCCAAGUUCGUCAUCGACACGCGGGGCGCCGGACAGGGCUCGCUCGGCGUGACGAUCGAGGGGCCCUGCGAGGCCGCCAUCACCUGCGCAGACAAUGGCGACGGCACCUGCUCGGUGGCCUACCUGCCCACCGAAGAGGGCGACUACUCCAUCAACAUCACCUUCCUGGAAGAGCACAUACCCAACUCGCCGUUCCAGGUCAUGAUCUACGAUCUCGUCGACGUAAACAAGAUCACGGUCUCGGGCAGCGGCAUACAACCUCAUGGCGUGAAUCUCCAUCAACCGACCAAAUUCACCAUCGACACGAGGGCAGUGAAUAAGCCUAAAGGCGAGAGCGAACGUCUCGGAUGCACUAUCAAUAAUCCGAGCGGUGGUGUCACGGAAAAAGUCAUCACGCCUAUGAGCGACGGCACUUACAGCGUCAAUUACACGCCCUUCGAGGAGGGUACGCACAACGUUGAUAUCGUUUACGACGGCAUUCCUGUGCCUGGCUCGCCUUUCCCGGUGAGCGUGCAACGCGUCACCGAUGCUUCCAAGUGCCGUGCUUACGGGCCUGGCCUGCACCACGGCAUCGUCAACCAAACCAACAAGUUUACUGUCAAUACCAGAGAUGCCGGCAAUGGAGGUCUUGGCCUGGCCAUCGAGGGUCCGAGCGAAGCAAAGGUCAAGUGCACCGAUAACUUCGAUGGCUCUUGCGAUGUCGAGUACGUACCAACUGAAGUUGGUAAUUACGACGUCGCUAUCAAAUUCGCCGAUAAGAACAUCCCCGGCUCACCCUUCAAAGUGCCCGUAGUUGAGAAGCAAGCGCCACCAGCACCCGCUAAUGGUAGUAAGGCAUUCGCCUACGGCCCAGGAGUCACUCCGCAAAUGGUGCACGAAGAUGAGCCAGCGACCUUUACGGUUGACUCGACCCAAGAGUCCAACGCUAUGCUCGACGUGAAGGUGAAGACCGACCGAGGCACCGUUGGUAAACCCGAAAUCAGGCGUGUGAAACAAGGAGUUCACGAAAUCACGUACAUGCCAUCGCAAACCGGCAGUACUGUACAAGUCGAUGUCAAUUACGGAGGCAAGCCCAUCCAGGGAAGUCCCUUCAAGAUGAAGGUCGAGCCUCCCACGGACCAAUUCAGCGUGCCUGUCAAGGCAACUCCGAGCCAAGUGACCAAACCCACGUGCAAUCCCAACAACGUGGUUUUGUCGGGACCUGGUGUGCAACCGGUAGUUACGGCAUCCUUCCCGGUUGACUUUAACAUUGACUUGUCAAAGGCCGGUAUCGCUCCACUGGAGGUUCAAGUCCUUGGUCCCGACGCCGAGCCACGCAAAGUCGAUGUCCGCAGCAUCGGUAACGGCCAGGUAAAAGCUACCUACGUACCCGACGACUGCGGCCGCUACAAAGUGAACGUCAAGUACGGCGGCAAGGAUGUGCCGAACAGUCCGGUGACCAUUCAGGCUGUCUCGACCGGCAAGGCCGACGCAGUAAAGAUCAAAGAGGGCGUGCAACGCACUCUGGCACAGAAGCAGGAUUACUGCAUCACUGUCGAUACGGAAGAUGCUGGACGCGGCGCUGUUACCUGCAAAAUUCGCAAUACCAAGAGCACCAACAAUGACAGCGAAAACGUCGACGUGGAGAUCGAAGAGAAUACCGAUGGCACCGUCGAUAUUUUCUACAAUGUCGAAGAACCCGGCGAUUACACGAUGAGCUUGAAGUUCGGUGGACAGCCGGUUCCAAAUGGCCUGUUUUCGUUCAAAGCGUCGGAAGAUUACAAGGAGACUAGCACAAAAACCACUAAAACUCGCCGUAGCAGAAGGACAAAAGAAGAGCACAUUGUCGAGCAGCAUAGCAGCUCGAGUUCGACUUUUACCAAGCGCACUACCAGAAAGGAGACCUCGACUUCGACUUCGAGCUCUACUCAAUCGAGCAACAAUUUCAACAGCAUCCGAUUGAACGGCAUACCAGUGCCUUACGUCGCCGGUGGAAAGAUAUAUUCUGAAGUAAAGAUGCCCAGUGGCAAUAUCGACAAGCCCGUGAUCGAAGACAAUCACGAUGGCACCGUAUCCAUCAAGUACGAUCCGAAAGAAGAAGGCCUCCACGAGGUCUUCGUCAAGUACAACGGUGAACACGUACAAGGCUCGCCCUUCAAGUUCCACGUCGACUCGUUGGCGAGCGGCUACGUGACGGCCUACGGCCCGGGUCUGAUCUAUGGAGUUUGCGGCGAGCCCGCCAACUUCGUGAUCUCGACCAAGGGUGCCGGCGCCGGUGGCCUGUCGAUGGCUGUCGAGGGCCCGAGCAAGGCCGAGAUAGCCUGCCACGACAACAAGGACGGCACCGUCGCGGUCUCGUACCUGCCCACCGCACCAGGAGAGUACAAGGUCUCGGUUAAAUUCGGCGACAAGCAUAUCAAGGGUAGCCCCUACAACGCUAAGAUCACUGGUGAGGGUCGCAAACGCAAUCAAAUAUCGGUUGGCUCCUCGUCGGAGGUUCAGCUGCCAGGUAAGGUGAGCGACGCGGACAUACGUUCGCUGAACGCCUCGAUCGUAGCCCCCAGCGGCCUGGAGGAGCCGUGCUUCCUCAAAAAAAUGCCAAGCGGCAAUAUCUGCGUGUCGUUCACUCCUCGCGAGUGCGGCUCGCACGAGGUGGCAGUUAAAAAAAUGGGAAAGCACAUCGCCAACUCGCCCUUCAAAAUCGACGUCAAAGACCGCGAGGUUGGCGACGCGAAAAAAGUCAAGAUUCAUGGCCCGAAUCUCAAGGAGGGUAAAACUCACCAGGACAAUACUUUCACCAUUGACACGCGCAACGCCGGAUUCGGAGGUCUAUCCUUGUCCAUGGAGGGCCCGAGCAAGGCCGAGAUUCAAGCUAAGGAUAACGACGACGGUACUCUCGUCAUCUCGUACAAACCCACCGAGCCCGGAUACUAUAUUAUGAAUCUCAAGUUCGCCGAUCAUCACGUUGAUGGCUCUCCUUUCACCGUCAAAGUGAGCGGCGAAGGCAGCAAUCGUCAACGCGAGAAGAUCCAGAAGCGUCGCGAAGCUGUUCCUGUAACCGAAGUCGGCAGUAACUGCAAACUGACGUUCAAACUACCCGGACUCACGUCGUUCAACCUAUCGGCCACGGUAACGUCGCCGGGCAACGUGACCGAGGAUGCCGAGAUCAAGGAAAUUGAAGACACUCUUUACGCGGUCGGAUUCGUACCCAAGGAACUCGGUGUACAUAUAGUUUCGGUGCGCUACAAGGACAUGCACAUCCCCGGCUCGCCUUUCCAAUUCACCGUCGGUCCUCUGAGGGAUGGUGGUGCCCACAGGGUACACGCGGGUGGCUCGGGUCUCGAGCGCGGAGAACAGGGUCAGCCCUGCGAAUUCAACGUUUGGACGCGCGAAGCUGGCGCUGGAAACCUGGCCAUCUCCGUCGAGGGGCCCUGCAAGGCCGACAUCGACUUCAAGGAUCGUAAGGACGGCAGCUGCUACGUGAGCUAUGUCGUCAGCGAACCAGGCGAAUACAGGGUGGGCAUUAAGUUCAACGACCAACACAUACCCGACUCGCCGUUCAAGCUGUACGUGGCGCCGGCAGUGGGCGACGCGCACAAGCUCGAGGUGGCACAGUUCCCGGACAGUGGCGUACAGCCCGACAAGCCCUACACCUUCCUCGUGCGCAAGAACGGAGCCAAAGGCGAGCUCGACGGCAAGAUAGUUUCGCCGAGCGGUAUCGAGGACGAUUGUUUCAUCCAGUCGAUCGACUCGGAGGAGUACUCGGUACGCUUCAUGGCACGCGAAAACGGCAUUCACAACAUCCAUUUGAAAUUCAACGGUGUCCACAUCAACGGAAGUCCUUACCGCGUGAAGGUCGGUACGGUCGAUGCCGAUCCCGCUGCCAUUCAUGUGCACGGCAAUGGCCUCAGCACUGUCAAAACUGGCCAGAAAACCGAUUUCAUUAUCGACACUUGUAAUGCCGGAGCUGGGGCCCUUGGCGUCACCGUUGACGGACCCAGCAAAGUAGCUAUGGAUUGCACCGAGGUCGAGGAAGGCUACAAAGUCAGAUAUACACCCUUGGUGCCUGGCGACUACUACAUCAGUAUCAAGUACAACGGCUACCACAUUGUCGGUUCACCCUUCAAAGUCACUGCCACCGGUGCGGAUUUGGCCGAAAGAGGAGCACAAGAAACGAGUUCAAUCACUGUUGAGACGGUGCAAAAGUUCUCGAAGAACAACAAAAACGCAGGCCCAGUGUUGCCGCGUUUUAAAUCCGACGCUAGAAAAGUUACAAGUAAAGGUAUGGGUUUGAAGAAGGCCUAUCUCGGCAAACAGAAUCAAUUUACCGUCAAUGGUGGCGAUGCUGGAAAUAAUAUUCUUUUCGUUGGAGUUCACGGACCCAAAGGUCCCUCCGAGGAAGUGUAUGUGAAACAUAUGGGUCGCAAUAAUUACAACGUGAGCUAUUUGGUGCGUGAACGAGGCGAAUAUAUCGUCAUCGUCAAAUGGGGUGACGAUCACAUUCCCGGCUCACCCUUCAAAGUCGACGUCUAAAAAAAUUGCGAUGCAGAAUCGUGUCCAUUCUCAAAAAAACAUGUGCAAUAUUAAACGCAUUCAUAAACUGUAAUAAGAGAAAACUGACAGCACUGCAUGAAGUGCCAAACUUUUUUUCUUUCAUUGUUGCGUUAUCGUCAUUAUGAUUGUCAUUGAUGUUAUAUAGCUGUUAUUUAUAAUUAUUUACGAACAUCGUCGUAUACUUAAAAUAAUGUGUCGUUAUGAUGUGAGCCAUUUUUACUCCCCAAUAUUACAAAUGUCAAUCGAGACACGAUUUCGACUAUCUACUCGGAUGUACGAUAGAACAUUCGAUAAUCGUGUUAUCGAUUAAUGUUCAAAGAAAAAGUGUAUAUCAUCGAAAGUGCCUUAUCUUUAAGUGAGAACUUGAAAGUAAAGAGGAAUUUUUUGAAAUGAAAAAGUAAACCCAAAUACAAUUUAGCGUACAUACUCAUCUCUCACCCUUAUUUCUGUAUUGUGUAAGCUAAAUCGAAUGGCAUGCUAAAUAACUGAGUCAAAACUGCAUUAUUAUUAGAGUUUCUUUAAGGAAUGUAUUACAUUCUUACCAUUAAUCAUCACUAUGAUUAUGAUUGUUAUCACUACUAUUAUUGUCAUUAUCAUUAUUAUUACAUUCAUAUUUUAUUGUUUAUCAUGCAUAUAUUAUACAUAGAGAUAUGAAUUUAUUGCAUACUGUUUAUGGUAUAUUAUAAUAAAUAGAAAUAAAGCUAUUAUAUUUAUUAA